GAAAUCCAUAGAGAAAGGGUUUACAUAAACCCACUCCCCCACCCUCGUUGGUUUCUUCUUCUCUUCUCUGUGUCCGCAGCCAAAAAUGACACCCAAAGGCAAAGGAGGACCUGUACCCUUCUCCGAUAUCGUCAAGCGAGAAAGAGACAUUCUCAACAAAGAUUACAACUCCGAUCAUAGUUUAACCAUCUCUUCCUCCACCACCUCUGGUCUCAACUUGAGCUCAACGUUGGUGAAGAGUAGAGGACUCUCCUCCGGGGCUGUGGCUGCGGCGUUUAAGCACAACAACAAGACACUUCAUUUCAAACUUGACACUGAUUCAACUGUGCUGACCACAUUUACUAUAGCCAAUGUUGUGCCUUCAACAAAAACCGUUGCUUCUAUACGACUACCUUAUUAUGACUCCGGCAAGAUUGCGGUUCAGUAUCUUCAUCAUCAUGUGGCUUUAACUGGUGCUGUUGGUUUGAACCGAUCCCCUGAUGUCGAUUUUUCUGCGACUAUUGGCACUCCCAGCAUUGCUUUUGGAGCUGAAACCAGCUACUCCACAAGUGCUGGCAAGUUUACAAAGUACAAUGCUGGCUUAUGCUUCCAAAUGCCAAGUUCCAAUGCUUCAGUUAUUCUAGCUGAUAAGGGAGACUCUAUGAAGGUGUCGUACUUGCGGGAGCUAGAAAGAUUGAAUGGGGGAGCUAUUGUGGGAGAGAUUAGCAGAGGAUUCUCUAAAAAUGACAACACGUUAACAGUUGGAUGUUCAUAUGUGGUUGAUUCUCAGACAGUUGUGAAGGCAAAGCUGAACAACCAUGGCAAUCUUGGGGCCUUGUUGCAGCAUGAACUUACACACAAGUCAUUCUUGACAAUCUCUGGCGCCUUUGAAACAAAGGCUUUGGAAAAGAAUCCCAAGUUUGGUUUCUCACUCUUGCUCAAGCCUUAACAGAUAUAUAAAUAGGGACAAUAUAUUGAGUUAUACUACCACAUAUCUUUCAGUUGAGUUGAGUGAAAGGAAGAAAGUAUAGGAAAUUGAUAUAGAUUGUUGAUGUCUUAAUUUUUUGUUCCUAUUAUCUUCAAAUGUUUGAUUGCACGUCCUGGAUUAGGAUGGAAUUGUCAUUGGCAAUGACUUAAUUUUGUGUACCUAUUUCUUGUUGGAGGAAGAAAUUUAAUCAAUUAUUUAUUUUGAA